AAUGGCGUGCGUUCAGUUAUCAGACACAAUUGCAACAGUAACGAUGACAGAUUUUCCUGGUCAAUGCGUUCAACAAAGUUUGGGCAUUGGAAACACUUUGGUGUCUACCCUUCUGCAUACUUUACUCGCUGCUCAAUGUAGUCUAUCACCACCAGAACUCUGGCCAAAGGACUAUGGACCUACUUAUAUAGAAAAGGGUUUAGACACCUACGACUUUGUGGUAAUUGGAGCUGGAACUGCUGGUUCGGUGGUUGCCAGUAGACUUAGUGAGAACCCCAAAUGGAAAGUCUUGGUAUUGGAAGCAGGUGGAGAUCCACCGAUUGAGUCAAUGAUUCCUGCUAUAUUUUUUGAAGUUCAGCAUUCAAAGUAUAAUUGGGAUUACUAUACCGAGCGCGAUGGCAAAAGCUGCUUGGGAUACAAGAAUCAAAUGUGUUAUUGGGCCAGAGGAAAAAUGAUCGGUGGCAGUGGGGCUAUUAAUGCUAUGUUAUAUGUUCGGGGUAAUAAUGAAGAUUAUGAUAACUGGGAGCGAAUGGGAAAUCCUAAUUGGGCUUGGAAAGACGUUCGAAGAGCUUUUGAAAAAUCCCUUCAGACCAAUGAAUCAGAUUCGAAGGGUUCGGCUUGUGUUAAUCACUUCGACGAACACUACCCUGAAAUUAGGCGGAUGUUGUUUAGUGGAGCUAAGGAACUGGGUCUGCCUGAAUUUGAUCUAGCAAAAGGAGAUACUCACAUCGGAUAUACUACCGUAAGAGGAAAUGUUAAAAAUGGUAUUCGUGGAAGUACUGGACAAACCUUUCUAGCAAAAGGCAAAGAUAGGCCAAAUCUGCAUGUCAUCAAAAAUGCCGUAGCUACGAAAAUCAAUUUUAACGAUCAAGGCACUCAAGUUACAGGAGUUGAGUUUACUUACAAUGAUCAUCAAAAGCUUUCAGUUAAAAUCAACAAAGAGCUUAUUCUCUCGGCUGGUAGCUUAGACUCUCCAAAAUUGCUAAUGCUAUCGGGAAUUGGGCCCCAGGAACACCUUGAAAAUUUAGGCAUUCCUGUUUUAAAGAAUUUAAAUGUCGGCGAUAAUCUUCAAGAUCAUCUGAUGAUUCCAUUGUUCUUCAAAUUAGACGAAAGCAAAAUCAGAGCUGAAAAUAUGAGAGAUCAACUCGAUGCUAUUUAUACCUACCUUGUCAAUCAAACAGGACCAUUGGCUGCAAUCGGAACUGUUCCAAUCACUGGUUUUCUGAAUUCCGAUGAAAGUUCCAGCAGUCCUUAUCCGGAUAUCUUGUAUCAUAACUUGUUUAUGCAACGUGGAACUUCAAGUUUGGAAACUUGGAUGAAAGCCGUGGAAUUAUCCGAUGGUAUAGCUGAAAGUUUGCGAGAGGCUCAUAGAGAUGGUCACUUACUUCAGAUUUUUAUAAAACUUCUCAAACCCAAGUCAACUGGAAAAAUUCGUUUACAUAGUGCUGAUCCAAAAGAUCCUCCAAAAAUGUUCGCCAACUACUUAGACGAUCCCGAAGAUAUAGAAACACUUCUGAGGGGAAUUAAAUUCCAAAUGAAAAUGGAAAAAACUGCAGCUUUUAGAGAACAAAAUGCUGAAAUUGUAAAACUUGACAUACCUGAAUGUGAUAAAUUUGAGUUUAGAAGUGACAACUAUUGGAAGUGCUACAUGAAAUAUAUGGGAAAUACAGUUUAUCAUAUGGCAGGAUCUGUUAAAAUGGGUCCCGAUACAGACUCAGGUGCUGUUCUAGAUUGGCGUCUUAGGAUAAAAGGUGUUAAAGGGUUAAGAGUUGCAGACACCAGUAUAAUGCCAAGCAUUGUAAGUGGAAAUACAAACGGUCCAACCAUUAUGAUCGGGGAAAGAGCAGCUGAGUUCAUAAGUGAAGAUUGGAAUACUAUAAGUGACCAUACUGAGUUAUGAGAAAAAGUACACAACAUUUGUAUACAAAUAAAAUCUUGUGUUUUUUGACUUAUGACGUUAUGUCUGUGGGCCUUACAGGAGAUAUCAGAGAGGGAAAUUUGGAGUUAAAAAUACAAAUACAAUACAAGUUUACCCAAAGCUAAUUACUUGACUCAAGCAAUUACUGGCAACAGACUUACUUAUCAGAAAUAUUUAUGAACAUUUAAUAUAAAAACAACAAACUGCAGUUCGAUCGAAAGGAUCCUUAAUUUAAUUGGAUUUAGUGUGUACAAAUUUUUAAUUUUAUUCUAUGUUCAAAAUUGUAUCUACAAAGAAAAGAAAAACAUUUUUUAAAUUACUUAUUGAAUAUGAUUAAUUAUAAGAAAAGACUAAUUAAUUAAAUUAUUAAAAAAGAUAUUUUUUAAA